AUGAUACAGCUGAGUACUGCCGUUCUUGGCCUAUGGGGAUUUAUCAAGGAUCUGCCAGAAUAUUACAAGACCGUUUCCUUUAAGGACCCCCUCUGCGCCGUCAUACUCAGCAUACACGCAGUGAUGAUCGUAGGGCUUAUAUUGUCAAUGAAGUCAGCUCUAGGGUCCUUGGUGAUUAUAUUCAUCCUCCUGGGUUUCUCUUAUCUCACGUCUUGGAUAGACGAAUUCCUGCGCAGCAACGUGGCUCUACUUUUGGAGAAAAAGUACAUUUCAACAGACUACUUCUUUGUCAAAGGGAAGUUCGUAGCGGCUGUUUGGACCGUGCCAAUCUUCUUUUACACGGUAUUUUUCUCGUUGUGUCUCAUCUUAACACUCUUGAAGGAGAUAUUACAAGAGUGUAGGAAAAGAACUAGCAAGGCUGGAUCCUCGCGCAACUCAAGGCACGAGGAAACAGAGGGUGAAAUGAGCGGUUCACGCACCACGGAGAAGAGCGCAGCAAAUAAUAUACAUAUGCAUGGCUCAACGUCCUCUCCUAAUGAACAUAGUAGACACGACAAGCAUCAUGGUGGACAUAACAAGCACUACGCCGGACACGGGACACAUGCCAAUCAUAAGCAUGGAAAGUAA